CACUCCACAGAUUUUAACAUUCGUUAUGAAUAGAAUUCCGUGUGAUUCCUUGCAAACUGCAAGUACCUAAAUACCUACCAGCUAUUCUACCUAUUGUAGUUAUUUGAUUUGCAGUGUAAACAUUGUAAUUCAAUUGUAGGCGUAAAGUAUUAUCUAAACCUUUUAAAAUGAGAAAAGGUUUAUUUUAUUGUUCGUGUUUAGUGGUUGGUUAUAAAAUAAAUGUAAUGUUUCUUACAUUUUGCUUUGUCGAUAUUAUGUGUUGUUAAAUUAAAUCUGGAAAUUCAAAGUGGAAUAGUGUGAAUUAUUGAGUGUAAUAAUGCCUGUUCAACAAAUAAACGUGAAAAAUUCGAGUGAAAUUGAAAGUUGGGAAUGGGGUGGUGGAUGUGGCAAGGAGACGAUACGUGCAGGGUCUGGAAGCAGCCAGACUUCUUGCAGUAAUUCUAGUGGUGAUAUCUGCAGAAUUUGUCAUUGUGAAAGCGAGAUCCAUAAUCCACUACUAGCACCCUGCUUUUGUUCUGGUAGCUUAAAGUUUGUCCACCAAAGCUGUUUACAACAAUGGUUGACGGCAUCCGAAACAAGAUCAUGUGAACUCUGCAAAUUUAAUUUCAUAAUGCAUACAAAGAUAAAACCAUUUAAUGAGUGGCGCCUCUUGGAGAUGUCAGGCGUUGAAAGGCGGCGUCUAUGCUGCGCCGUCCUGUUCCACUGCGUAGCUGCGCUUUGCGUUAUGUGGUCACUGUUCGUACUUAUAGAGAGAGCGGUCGAGGAGGUUAACAAGGGACAGAUUGCUUGGCCGUUUUGGACAAAGCUGGUGGUUGUGGCGGUGGGUUUCACGGGCGGAGCUGUCUUUAUGUACAUCCAGUGUCGGCAGUACUUACAUUUGUGCAAUCGUUGGCGAGCCCAUAAUAGAAUAUUGCUCAUACAAAAUGCGCCAGAAAAGGUACCGAUUAGUUUGUCACCGCCGUUGCGUAGUAAGAGACGGGAGAGGAGUGCGAGGGGGCAGGUGGUGGCCAAUAUUGAGCCUUUGCCCCCUCCGGCUGCGUACCACGAGGAGGAUGAAAGUGGGGGCUUCGAGACUUAUAGGGGUAAUCCACAUCGGCGGCUUUCUGCGCUUAACGAAGACCGGCUAAGUACGGACAACCCCAGACUGAGAGCUGAACCGGAAGAGGUCCGGCGAUACUCGGAUACUCGUCUUUCACAUCCGGUUACAGUGGCCGUUGAAGAGGUUGUCACACAACCUGCUGAGGGAGGUGUAUACCACAUCGCGGUUGACCCCCUAGAAGCCGAUAUACGCUCCCUUCUCGCACUCGAAGCACGUCGCGAGGCGCGCGCGGCCCGAUCGCUGCCGAAUUUGCGCGCGAGUCGCGAAUCCCUCUUAAACCCUAAUCACCCUUCCUGAGGUAACCUCACCCUCUACCUGGACGAUAACAUCUAUUAGGUAAGUGCUAAUUGACAGUGUUUGAACCCCCCCAUUCGUCAUUAGUCUUAGUGAUCGCUAAAUGGAUGCGGUGAGUUCCCGAGUUCAGUGUUAGAUAAGUGACUAUUGAGUAAGUAAUAUUCGUGCUUAGUAAUAAGUGUGUUAUCGGAAUUAUGUUACUUAUUUGGAUAUUAAUACGUAACAUGUCAGCUGUCAAGUCGGUGACAGUUGAGUUUGGCAGCUGACAGGUGAUAUGUGUAUAACUUGUGAAUUGCUGAAUGCGGAAACGUUUAAUUUGCAUUACUUAAAAAAUUAAACUACGCUCGUUAAAUUAUGAAUCAUUCAUAUUAUUUAAAUUCAACACUAAUUAUAUGAAAUUAAAAAUAUUUAAAACGCCAAAUCCUUGAAUAUAAAUUCACAAUGCUAUGAGAUAAUAUCGCAAUUAAGUUAUGAAAAUGAUUUUUUGUGAACCGUACCAGUCAUUGCUAACUACGUCUAUGAAUAUUGUGUUUUUAACGCAAAAUAUUGUAUAAAACCUUUUUUGAUUUACAUGUGUCAAUUGUCAAUUGAAGUUGAAGAGGUCAACCUUCAAGUUGAUUGACAAUAUUUUUUGUGCGAAAACUAUGAUUAUAAACAAAAACAUGUGUGUUUUUUGUUUACAUGACUAGUUUUUGCACAAGGGCAUAUGUGUAAUGUUAAUCUGACCCCUAUUGUGUACUAUUUGUUUGUUUAGUAAUACAGUCAAAAUCUAUUAUAACGACAUCGAAGGGACUACUCAUAUUUGUUAGUCGUAACAGCCGAUGACGUUGUUAUUAAUAGAAUUCAGCCGGGACCUUUGAUUUUGGUCAAUAUAACCGGUAUGUUCUAAUCGGUAUGUUUUGACUGUAUGUGUUCAAAUUUAUAUGAGCUACUUAAUUGGUUGGUGUGGUGUAACUUAUAUCGGCUUAGGUUUUUUUUUAUAUAAGCCAUUUUUAAUCCUUGAAACUUCCAAUUUGCUAAACCUUCACUGUAGUCGAGCGCUUAGUGUAAAUAAAUAGGUCCUUUUUAUGAAUUUAUUUCGUCUUUCAUUUGACGAGCUGCGACUAAUUUUUGGCUUUAAAAUUAUUGAUUAUUUAUAUUAAUUUUCUAAUAAAUAGGGUUAAACGAAAUCCACGUAAAAAUUUGAUUUAAGAGUUGACAGUCAUUUUUCGUUUAAAAAACUAAUUAUAUCGUCCCAUAAAGAGUAGAAAAACUACACAAGCACAGAUAAUUGACGUGAAAAUGUUACAGACUAGCUUAUCAAAAUUGCCUUGUAGAACACCAGAAUAUCAAUACAUUUGAUGAAAAACGAAAAUUAAUUCACCCCCAAUAGCACCACCAACUCCUUAAUAUAAAGUAAAAUAUUUCAAUAUUAGCCUCCAAUAAUCAAAUUAACGAUCCUAACAAAACAUUACAAAGUGAAAGUCAAAAAUAAUUUAUUCAUAUAGGUAACACAAUGUACACUUAUGAACGUCAAAAAAGAAAUAUACAUUAAAUGCUUCUAAUUUUACAUUUACUGCCAGCUCUCAAAUCAAGGGCGUGGAACGGAAGAGAAGAACUGGCAAUAAAGUCUCCGCCACUCUUUUUAAUCGCCAAGUUUCUUGUCCCAAUCUGGAAUUACUACUAAUAUUUUUACGUGGUAUUUCGUUUAACGCUGUUUAGGAUUUUCAUGUUCCUGUUACGAUAGUCCGUCCUCGAUUAAUAUUUUCUAAUACUAGGUACUGUAAUGCUCAUAAUGGUAUUGCCAUAUUACAAAAUUCUGAAAAA